AUGCCCUCAGCAUCGUCAGCGUCCUCGACGACGCACACGCCAAUGAGCUACGACAAGUUCAAACCGAAACUACCCCUCAACCCCUUCGGUGACGUCGUCCAAACACCGAUCGCACCGCCCGCACGUGCACCGUGGACUUUGGACGUGCAUACCCUUCCACCCCAGUCAGUUCUUCAGCUCGAGAGGCGCGUUAUUCUGGUCAUCGGUCAACCGCCGGCCGCAGCGCUAGCACCGCUGUUCGUCUCUCCACAAUUAGCCUCAUCUCUUCUUAUAAUUGCAAGUCACCGACCCCCUCCGCUUCCCUUUGACCCGCAGCCUGCAGUACACACUCUGCGCCUAAGAACACCCCUUUCCGUUGCGGAUGCAGGCGCCACGCGGCUCGUGGAAGUCCUUGAAUGGGCUCUGCAGGUUGCAAACCUUUGGCGUCGUACUGGCGGUCCCAAAAAACAAGAACUCAUGGAGGAAGUGAGUCCGGCUUCAGAAAGCGUGCCGUUAGGUCAGACGUAUGGGAGGCUACGAUAUAGCGCGACUCCGAGCACUCUACAAGAUUCAACAAUGACUUCGGCAUUCUCUCCUGCGUCAUCUGUGACCAGCCUCGCAGCUUCUACCACAAAGAAAUCAGUCAGAAGGUCACUUUUCCGUCGGCAGAGUUCGGCUCCUCUGCAGUCAGAUUCUGCAAGUACAAGGCCUUUUGAUACCCUGCUGCACUUCCUCCCUGCGGACGUGCCUGACAAAAUGAAGCUCAAAGCAGUGAUACUCGUCACCACUCUCACGCGUCCUUACCUUGCCACACCACCAGCACGCGCUUCCUCGACGCGCUUCUAUUCGGAAUCAAGCGUGAAACCAUCCAAGAGAUCUUCCAGUCGCUGGAGCUUUCUCCGAGGCGCAACGGGCUUGGCAUCGCCUGGAACAACACUUAGCGGCGCCUUCCAUUCGAUGAGUACAUCGAACCUCCCCGACGCAUCGGCUUCGCGACGUGGAUCUUUCUCUACCGUCACCUUACUACGCACACGCAGGUCACGGCUCAUUCACCUCGUGCCAUCACCGCCCGCGAAAGCUUCCUCUUCUCGGUUUCCUGCCUCACGUUCCAAAUUUAUGCCGUCACAGGCGCAUUUAGUCCGCAGUAUCGAAGCGUUCCUACUGUCAUUUUGUUUUUCCGCUCCGGUCGACCUCCCGCCUCCCAUCGCUGGUUUUGCUUCCGGCAACUCGGAUAGCGCACGAGCGAGGCCGUAUGUGCUUCCUGCUACGGCUCUUACGGAGGUUUUGUGUGUCGAGAGUGCGAAUGACGAAGAUGACGAAAACGAGCGGAAUGAAGAUGAAGAAGACGUGGAAAGAAGCCGAAGUAAUGAAUGGAGCCUUGCGGAACUCAUUCUCAGUGGUGCUCUAGAAGACGACGCGGAGAUACUACGCUUCUCACAAAACGCGGUUCAGGGUGACGGACAUCGCAGUUCAUCUGAGAGCGAAAAAGGAAAGGAGAAACAACUCGAGAAUCUACAGGUUAAGGCGGAUGACAAUGAUUGGCUCGCGCAUCGUGCGUGGAUUGGUGGUAUGCGCGAUAUCACUUUCAUGCCCAAUUCCGCGGCGAAAGGGCAAAAGAAUGCGCAUCUAGUCCCUUCACGAUCUAAUUCACCACCGCAACUAUAUCCAGAACCACGGGCUCCGUCUUCUCAGCACGCCUCUCGUCCAUCAUUGCAACCGAACUCCCGCUCUCGUCACCAGCCGAUUCCCGAAACCCGGGUCAAUUCUCAUCCUGAUGCAAGUCAGCCGCAGCGCUCACAACAACGUCGUCAAACUUCGAUGCGAGGUCGCACUAUGGAAAAUUUGAAUAUGAAUGGAAACGGGGGUUCGAAUGAUUCACAUUCACAGUUUCACGCGGGCUCAAGGAGAAAACAGCGACAAGCAUCCGCGAUCGGAUCGCUAGCGAUUGAGAAGAGGUUGCCUACACCACCGGAGGAUGAGGAUGAAGAAUUAGGCAGGGAGGAGGAGGAAGGACCUGCGUUUAUUCAAGGUCAAUCACACUCGAGAGGGCGCCGAAGUAGUGAUAAGCAACAACAUAUGAUGUCGCAAGCAGCUUCGUAUCCAUUAUCGAAGCCCGAGCCCGCUCACUUGGCAUUACGCAAUGAUCGGCCACAACAAGUUCUGCGGCAAUUAAACGAUUCGCACCACCAGCAACAGCAACAUGAAUCGCGACCUGAAUCAAGGUCGUCCAAAUCAACACAUCCAUCUGUUCCUAUCACCGCAUCUUCGAUGGGUGCUUCCAGCCGUUACUUACACCAAUACAUGCCCAUGCCACCGCCUAGAAAAGACAACAACGACGCGUAUAGUAAACUCGGAAAAGAAAAAGAGCACGAGUGCGAGCGAGCUUUGAGAAGUCUCCCAACGCCUCCCGAUUCGGAAGAAGAUUUGCUAUUCGAGGGUAGGUUCAAUAACGCUUCGCACUCAGUUCCUCUUCCUGGCCCUCCUCCCUUACCCUUAUCGCGGACUUCUCAUGAGCGCGAGCCUCCAAUUGGUGUGGUUGCGCCCGUUUCUCACGAGCACGGACGCGUUCGGAGUGGUAGGCAACCAGAACGGAGUAGAGCAGACGGAGAUGCCGGAAGCCGGGUAUACGCUAAAGAGCGCGAACUUGAACUUGAACAUAGACGUCGUACUCAGUCUUCUCCCUUGCGACCUUCGCAGGCGCACGUAUCGGGAGAAGUUACAGCGCCUCGGCGUGCGAAAACUAGGCCGAAGGAGAGUAUCCCAACGGAACGGACACGGGAAAGGACGUUGAAGAAACGUGCUUCGGAUAUUGACUUGCGAAUUGACACAAGAGAGAAGAAAGAGAAGUACGGGAUGAGGCGGAGUACCAGUCCGGACGAUUCAGACGAACGCCGAGUGAGACGAGUACCAGUUGCGUUACCGCCGCUGCCGCCGCCUUCUCCACCUUCACCUCUUACGGAAAUUAAAGAGAAAACGUACGAGCGCUCGGAUGUCAAACUUCCCCGAUCGAAUGUCCCCUAGAAAAGACAGACGAAAUGGAAAUUCUGGAAGGCUGGGAAUGGCACGAUUGUAGAAGCCUAAAAACGUAAAGACGACUUUUCUUCCAUUCAUUCCUUUUGCACAUAGUACUUCGCUUUCGUUACACUUUGCUCUGACUUUGGGUUGCUUGGCUGUCAACUUCGUUUCCUUCUCUCAUUUUUUCACACCGUCUUUCCUAAUCAAAUUCGUCACGAAUACGAAUGAGAAUGUAGAAUAACCUAUUCCGUGCGUUGUGCACGCUCUUCCAUCGUUUCCGUUUCUCUUCUUUUUACACAACUUCCGUCUUCAUUUUCUUUGACCACUCAUUCUUCUCACUCUCCUCAUCUCACUGCGCACCCAUCC